AUGGCCCUGCUCUCGCUGCUGCUGCUGCUGCUGCUUCCGCUCACCUUGGACCCUGCUGGGGCCACGCUGAUCCGGAUCCCUCUCCGCCGUGUCUACACUGGACAUGGGAGCCUGUACCACCUGAGGGGCUGGGGGCCGCCAGCAGUGCCACCCAGGUUGGGGAUCCCUUCCCCCGGGGACAAGCCCAUCCUCGUGCCUCUCUCCAACUAUGUGAACGCCCAGUAUUUUGGGGAGAUUGGCCUGGGGACACCCCCACAAAACUUCUCUGUUGUUUUCGACACCGGCUCCUCCAAUCUCUGGGUCCCAUCCAGGAAAUGCUACUUCUUCAGCCUUCCUUGCUGGCUGCAUCAUCGCUUCAACUCCAAAGCCUCCAGCUCCUUCCGACCCAAUGGCACCAAGUUCGCCAUUCAGUAUGGAACUGGGAGGCUGGAUGGAAUCCUGAGCGAGGACAAGCUGACUAUUGGGGGUAUUAAGGGCGCAUCGGUGAUGUUCGGGGAGGCUCUGUGGCAGCCCAGCCUGGUCUUCACUUUGGCCCACUUCGAUGGGAUAUUGGGGCUCGGGUUUCCUAUUCUGGCGGUGGAAGGAGUUCGGCCCCCGCUGGAUGCACUGGUGGACCAGGGGCUACUGGACAAGCCUGUCUUCUCUUUCUACCUCAACAGAGACCCUAAAGCAGCCAAUGGAGGAGAGCUAGUUCUUGGGGGAUCAGACCCGAACCACUACAUCCCACCCCUCACCUUCCUGCCAGUCACCAUCCCUGCCUACUGGCAGAUUCACAUGGAGCAGGUGAUGCUAGGCAUAGGUCUGACUGUUUGUGCCAAGGGCUGUGCUGCCAUCCUGGACACGGGCACUUCUCUCAUUACCGGACCCACCGAGGAGAUCCAGGCCCUGAAUGAGGCCAUUGGGGGCUCCCCCCUGAUGACUGGGCAGUACCUCAUCCAGUGCUCCAAAGUCCCAGCUCUCCCUCCAGUCUCCUUCCUCCUGGGUGGAGUGUGGUUCAACCUCACGGCGGAGGAGUACGUGAUCCAGAUCACUCGGGGCGGCGUCAGCUUCUGCCUGUCCGGCUUCCAGGCUCUGGACUUGCCGCCACCAGCAGGGCCCCUUUGGAUCCUUGGCGAUGUCUUCUUGGGCACCUACGUAGCCGUCUUCGACCGCGGGAACCAGAAAGACGGGGCCAGGGUGGGACUGGCACGCGCUCGUCCCCGCGGGGUCGGGGGGCAGCAGGGUGGCCCGGCGCAGGGGCGUUUCUCGGGUGGGCGCUCCGCUUAGGCGCCUGCACGACG